AUGCCCUCUCUAUCAGUCAAGGCUUCUUCUAUCAAGUUUUUUUUCAAGGAUUUCGAUCUCGGCGAAGUAUUCGCAGUUCGGUCGAAGUGCAACAGACACACACAGUGCAGCUCGACAACCCACCACGAAGGCCAUGACUCCAUCUCUGCAGAUAUCCCUAUGCACUCUGGAUCCCUGGCGAGGGAUCCAGGUCUCCAAGUCUCGAUCAAUAUUUCCUCCGCCACAACCUCCCAUGGCGAUUCCUUUGCCCGUGCAACUUCUGACGUAGCUCAGACAUUUUUACCUGUCGUUCAGGCCUUUGCAAGUGCAAUUCCAAUCGCCGGUCCUCCUAUGCAAGCUGCCAUUGGUGGAUUGUUGUCGAUCCUUCAAAUUAUAGAUAGACGUAGCUCACAUCUCUGCAAUGCCCCGACCACCCAGAAUACCUCCGAACAAGACCGGAGAAAUUCCAUAAUUAGGAUUCUGCAAGAGACCUCUGCCCAGCUGACGAACCUGCAGAAACGUCGUCCUGAACAUGCAUCCGUCACACAAGCUAUCGCCGGAUGCUCCAUUGAGAUCGACCGUUAUUUGUUGGAGUCUUUGGUUGUUUCCUACUCUUUAUAA